AUGGCUGCGACGGGGCGGUCGGCAGCGCCGGCGGCCGCCGCGGCCGCGCUCCGCGAGCAGCUCCACGCCGCCAGCCGCAGCUACGGCGGCAGCGCCCGGCUCAGUGGCGACAGGCCGGACCAGGACCUCCUGGAGGUGACUCCAGCCUGCUCCAUUGCGGCUGGACGGGCCACCAACGCUGGCUUUGUGCAAGCUGGACGAGCCACCAGUGAUGGCUUUCUGCAAGGACCGGGGCCGCAGCGGCCCCUGCAGGCGCCCGGCGCCCCGAUCCUGGUGUCUCGCCCCAAAUUGGGCGUCCAGGCGCCCGAGUUGGUUCCCAGGAAUGUUUUCCUGCUCGUUCGCUCGUUUUUCCGUAGCUCAUGGAAAAAGCCCUCACCCUACCGGACCGUGUGCGGCGUCAACGGGCCCCUCGUGGUGCUGGACAACGUCAAGUUCGCCCAGUACGCCGAGAUCGUGAACUUCACGCUGCCCAACGGCACCAGGCGCAGCGGCCAGGUCCUGGAGGUGCUGGGCUCCAAAGCCAUCGUGCAGGUGUUCGAGGGGACGUCUGGGAUCGAUGCCAAGCAGACCUGCUGCGAGUUUACCGGGGACAUCCUCCGGACGCCCGUGUCCGAAGACAUGCUCGGUCGAGUCUUCAACGGCUCGGCGAAGCCCAUCGACGGCGGCCCGCCGGUGAUGGCCGAGGACUUCCUCGACAUCAACGGGCAGCCCAUCAACCCGCACGGCCGCAUCUACCCCGAGGAGAUGAUCCAGACCGGCAUCUCGCCCAUCGACGUGAUGAACAGCAUCGCCCGGGGCCAGAAGAUCCCCAUCUUCUCCGCUGCUGGCCUCCCCCACAACGAGAUUGCUGCUCAGAUCUGCCGGCAAGCUGGCCUGGUGAAGAAGUCCAAGGACGUGAUGGACUACCACCAGGACAACUUUGCCAUCGUCUUCGCUGCCAUGGGGGUGAACAUGGAAACGGCCCGCUUCUUCAAGGCGGACUUCGAGGAGAACGGCUCCAUGGAGAACGUGUGUCUCUUCCUCAACCUGGCGAACGACCCCACGAUCGAGCGCAUCAUCACGCCCCGGCUGGCCCUCACCACCGCUGAGUUCCUGGCCUACCAGUGCGAGAAGCACGUGCUGGUGAUCCUGACGGACAUGAGCUCCUACGCCGAGGCGCUGCGGGAGGUCUCGGCGGCCAGAGAGGAGGUGCCCGGGCGCCGCGGCUUCCCCGGCUACAUGUACACUGACCUGGCCACCAUCUACGAGCGGGCGGGCCGCGUGGAGGGCAGGAGCGGCUCCAUCACGCAGAUCCCCAUCCUGACCAUGCCCAACGACGAUAUCACCCACCCCAUCCCUGACCUGACCGGCUUCAUCACGGAGGGGCAGAUCUACGUGGACCGGCAGCUCCACAACCGCCAGAUCUACCCCCCCAUAAACGUGCUGCCCUCCCUGUCCCGCCUGAUGAAGUCGGCCAUCGGGGAGGGCAUGACCAGGAGCGACCACGGCGACGUCUCCAAUCAGCUGUACGCCUGCUACGCCAUCGGCAAGGACGUGCAGGCGAUGAAGGCGGUGGUGGGCGAGGAGGCGCUCUCGGCCGACGACCUGCUCUACCUGGAGUUCCUGCAGCGGUUCGAGAAGCAGUUCAUCGCGCAGGGCCCCUACGAGAACCGCAGCGUCUUCGAGUCCCUGGACAUCGGCUGGCGGCUGCUGCGCAUCUUCCCCAGGCAGCUGCUGAAGCGCAUCCCCGAGAGCGUCCUGGCCGAGCACUACCCGCGCGAGCUUAAAAUGCAAAAUUUGGCAUUCGAUUCCCCCCUCCGCCCCCCGAGCACCUUUGCAAUGGCCGAGACGGGAAGGGAUUCACGGAGCUUCUCCCCACCCCCCUGCAUCCCCCUGUCCCCCCGGUCAUCCUUUUUCAGCCUCUAA